AUGGUUUAUCUUUCGCUUGUUGUCUUUAUUAUCAGCUCUAAGUUUUUCACGGAUGUUACUCUCGUUCUUGGAUCUCCAGUACUUGAAGUUGAGAAUAUACAUUUGAGAAAACUGUUGACAUUUAAUGACACCUAUUCAGGAAUGAAAAUGUCACUGAGAUGGAAAAGACAUUUUUGCUCAGCACCUUGUCAGCCGUCGCAAACAUGCACUAUGGAAACUGCUCCAGUAUAUUGGAGAGUUCAACCACCCUCAGUAAGGUUCUUUGCAAAGCCAGCUGCAGUUCCAAUUACAAUCCAACCGGCUCCUGUUCGAUGCCAGAUACAGCCAGCUCCUGUGAUGGCUCAAGUUCAGCAGCAGUCUAGCAGUUCGUGUCAAACAGCAGGUCGACCACAUUGCACCUGCAACCAGGCUCUCAGCUCUUCCUGUCAAUCGAAACCAUGCACCAAAUUUAUCUUUUAA